CAUUCUCGCCCCCCGAUUAAAGAUUCUACGAGGGACAACACAGCUUCCUUCCACUCACAACGCCCAAAAAACGAGGCUGGGAUGUACCAUGACGCUCAUACGGAGGAUGGAACCUCGUCCAAGGAGAACAGAAUCAUCUACAGUGACUCGAUGCCUCGCAGAGUGGGAAGCUUUUACAGAGUCCCUUCUCCUCGACCUGACAACUCGUUCCAUGAGAGUACUGGGCAAAGCAGAGUGCCAGCGGAAAGCACAGCCAUGACAAACCACCCCAAACGUCAGACCAAUUUCGACCCCUGGAAUAAUUCAGAGGCCAUGGUCAUGAACCCACCAGAGGUCCCUAAGCAAAAAGAAAAACAAGGUUUCUUCAGAGCUAUAAAGAAGAAAAAGAAGAAGUCACAGCCGACGGACGGCAACGCAGGAAGGAACCCGAGCAUCAAGAAAAGCCUUUUCCCCCUCUUUAACUCAAAGAAUAGCUUAAAGCAUAACUCUUCUGUCAAAGUGCUCCCUGUUGUCCCGCAGCCCAUGGUUCCUAGUGAGGCUCAGCAAGACCAGCUAGUGAUACAAAGACCAGUCAAAUCCUCGUCUCAUCACAGCAGUCGUCACCGCAACCGAGAUCGCGACCGGGAACGUGAUCUGGAAAGGGACAGGGAGCGUGACCGGGAUCGAAACCGUGAGAGGGAUCGUGAUCGUGACAGGGACAACACUUGGCCUGAAAAGCAGACAGAUGUGCAGCCUCAGGAUUCUCUGAUGAAGGAAAGAUAA